AAGCUGUGGGAGUGCAGUUUGAGAAGAAUGGAAAGAAUAUGACCAUUAACGCAACGAAAGAGGUCAUUCUUUCGGCAGGGACUAUAGGCAGCGCGCAACUGCUGCUGCUGUCUGGCGUCGGACCAACCAGAGAGCUCAAAAAGCAUAACAUUACUCAGGUAGCUCAGCUCCCUGUGGGGAAAAAUCUACACGACCAUGUCGUCAUCGGAGGUUUGGUUGCGACGACGAAGACGCUCAUUGAGUCGCAAGUUUUGAAGAGCCCAGCGGAGUACUUGCGGUACGCCUUCAAGGCGACAGGGGGGUUCACUCUUCCACCACUGGUGUCCUUUUCGUUCGUCAACACAAGCCUGGCCAGUCCAGACUAUCCUGAUGUUCAGGUCACCUUCAUGGCUGGAAGCGCGGCAGAUCCUGAAAGGGAACCCUACGAGACGAAAGUGAUCGGUGUCAAGCAAGAGGUGUACAACAAGUACUACAAGCCCAAAGCUGGACAGCCAACAUUCAACGCCGUAUACUUACUGAACAGACCGAAGUCAAGAGGAAACCUUACGCUGAAGACGACAAACCCGCACGAUUCACCGCUUCUCGACCCGAACUAUCUUUCUCACAAUGACGACAUAACAAUGGCAGUAGACGCUGCGAAAGCGACGUUGCAAUUCAUGAACACAUCUGCUCUCCGCAAGGAAUACGAAGUGGAACUGUGGAACAUUUCAAUGCCUGGAUGCGAGGGACAUGAGCUUUACAGCGACGAGUAUCUCAAGUGUUUCGUAAAGCAGCUGACAUUGUCCGGCUACCACUUCGUGGGCACCUGUAAGAUGGGCAACGGCACGGAUGCUGUAGUGAAUCACAAACUGAAAGUUCGAGGUCACAUCCAGAACCUUCGAGUCGUGGAUGCUUCAAUUAUGCCAAGCGUCGUGUCCGGGAAUAUCAUGGCAACCGUGUACGCUAUCGCGGCCAAGGCGUCUGACAUGAUCAUCGAUGAGUACAAACUAGGUGAAAUAGCAGGUUAGCGUGAUGUAUCCGAACAAGGCAGUCACCUGACAAGAAAUUUGAGAGAAUAAAGA